CAGCUAGUUCUCACCCCCUGCCAAGUGCAGCUUCCCUGAUGAGAUGGGAAACCAAAGGCCACAGUGCUCAGGGAGUGUGGUACAAACCAGGAAUGCCACCUUGCAGGCUGAGGUGCACUUUGAGUUGCUGUGCCAUGAGACUGUACAGUGUCUGUGCCAGGCCCAGAAUCACAGUUAUCAGUCCUGUCAGCAUCCCAGCAAACGUGUUCUCAUGGCAGUGCCAGCUCCUGUCCUGUGGAAGGCUUGCUCAGUGCAGCAUCAGCUUCCCUGACAUGCAGCAGACGUGGGGAAGGCCUCGUGUGGGAGGUCCCGGGGAUGAGUUGACCCUUAUCUGGCCAGCCAGCUGCAGGGCUCUGUCCGGGAGCUCAGCUCUGCAGGGCACACUCUGCACUGCCUGGGCUGCCUCAACACCUUCCUCUGCUCUUUAAAGCCAGCGGGAAAGCAAGGACUGGACUACUCUGGUAAGUCAACAGUUACCUUCUGCUCUGUUUUUUCUCUUUGGUUGACAGCACAGGAAAGCACUGCCUUGUUGCAGGUAUGUGUAGUUGUUCUCCUGGAGAAUUACAGCAGCUCGUGUGCUCAGCAGUGGCACGAGGCUGUAAUGUAAAGACAGCUCAUUGACCCAUGUCCUGCAGCACAGGCACAGCUCCAGAAGGAGAUUAUUCACCUGCUAGAGCAAAACUACCAUGGAAAACUCCACCCUCAGUGAUCAGUACCCUUUCUGUGGCCAAGGACUGUUUAUCACUUCUUUCCAAAGCUGGAAAGGCUAUUUUUCGCUUGUGGUAACAGUAAAUUUAUUUCUGAAUCUCCUCUUACGGUUUGCAUGAACAAAGCUUUGCUUACAGGUGUAAUUCAGAGCUAUGAUAAGGCAUGAGCUGUUUCAUAUUUUAGUUUUUGAUUCCUUGACAGAAAUUUUAUUGGCUACUCUAGUGAUUCACCUCCACUAAUGCUGAAAAUAGAAGCAGCUCUUGUACUCUUUGGAGGACUAGUGAAAAUGUAUUUGAUGGCUGCAGCUAAGCCUCCCAGUAGCUAUGUGUUCAUAUCCCUCCUCAAAUACAGGGUUGGAAGACCAGGAACAUUCUUCUCUCCUGUAAAGAGAGACCAAGAUUUUGCACAUCUCUUUUAACUUUGUUCUUUUCAGAGCUCUCGGACCUCCUGUGAAGGAGACCAAAUUCACCCAACUUCAGGAACUCCUCCUCAGAACAAACCAACCAAAGACCUGGGGCUGUGGUGUCAGUCCUGGAGUGGGUGGUGUCUACUUGCCUGGUCUUCACCUCGUUCAGUCUCACCAGGGAAGUGUUUGCAGGUGAAGAUGAACAGGGGAAUUCUCUUCUUGUCCCUGCUUGGCUUCCUCCCGCUCGUGCUGCCCACCUGCCCUGUGCCAUGCCAGUGCACCACCACCAUCAUCGACUGCACCUCCAAGGACCUCACUGUGGCAAACCUGCCCGCUGCCUUCCGUCCUUCGGCUGAAAUCAUCCACCUCGGCUACAACAGGCUCACCUCUAUUCCCAACGGGCUCUUUGACAACCUGAGGAGCCUGCAGGUCGUGUACCUGCAGGGCAACCCCUGGGAAUGCACCUGUGACAUCCUGUACCUGCGCUCCUGGCUGCAGUGGCAGCAGAACCGCACCCUGUACCGGGACGUGAGGUGCAGCUCCCCGAGCCACCUGCAGCACCGGGUCAUCGCCUACCUGACAGAGGACGAGGUCAACUCCACCUGCCAGUACUGGUACUGCAGCCUGGCUCUCCUCUCUCAGCUCUGUCUCUUCAUCCUCCUUUUCCUCCAGGGUGUCUUGGUUAUCUUCAUCAUUGUUUACCUGCAGAAGUUUCGGAGAAUGACCGCUGAAGCCCGGAGCACCACCCGAGAACUGCACCAGCAGGUUGACCCUUGGGUAUCUUCUUCGAGAAACCCCUACAACAAUGAUUAACAUCACGAGACUGAAGACCCUCCUCCUCCUGGGGGAUGAUGUGCCAAGCUCCUGUGGUUUGUGAUACCCAGAGCAGACAUCUGAUCCUGACUGCAGUCCAAAGCAGGACUUGAACUUUCAUCAGACACUUGCCUGUGUUCCUAAAGAACCAGUCUUGUGGGUUUUUGAAUGCUUUGAACUCUUUAGCAUGAUGUUGAUUGCUUUGCUGAGCUGGAAGUGGCUCUGGUUUGGUAGAUUAAAGAAAUCAUAAACUACAGUGACCAGAACUGACUCGAAUGGCUCACAGGCUCCUAAAGGCUACAGAGCUUGAUCCCUCCUAUGCUACAAUAUUUCAGCCACACUUCCCACGAUGCUUCUGGUUGUGUUGGGUCAGGUGAGGACAGAGGUGGGCAGUGAACAGUUAAGGUACUGGACUAAGACCAUGGAGAAAUACAGUUUCCUCGUGUUACCACAGACUGCCUUAGAAUCUUUGGCCAAGUGACUUAGUCUUCUCCUGCCACGGUUUCCCCAUCAGUAAAAGAGAACGAAAAUUUCUUCUUGCUUGAUGCAUCUUUUCCAAUGUUCUUCUGAGGGAGGGAGGGAACGUUUAGAAGCCCACCUGCUUUUAUCCUGUCUGCAUUCCUUUUAAUCUACUUAUAGUUUUAAUACUGACUUCAGCUGAGUGAGACUGGGGCCCUGAAUGCUUCUGAGAUAUUCAUCCUGAAGCCAAGAGUUGAGACCAGUGGCUCGCUCUGGCUGUGCCUGUAACAGCACUUGGAAUGAGAGAUCUGGGCUUUAGAGACCCAAACUGCAAACCCCACUGAUGUGCCUACUGCUGCUUAUAGUGUCCCUUAAUUAUUUUUGAAAUGAAGCAAAAAUGAAAUAAAAUAAUGAUGCCUGUUGAUGUAAA